CGCUCUCCCCUAGCAAACAUGGUUCGUUUGAGGCCCUCACUUCUCCCUGCCUUCUCACAACAGUUUCAGAGAGAUUCCCUUACCUCAACAGAGGAUCAGAAUGACCACAGGCAGGCAAAAAGGCAGAUCCACUGAGAGGCAGCAAGGGAUGUGUGGGGAGGCAACACAAUUGCCCCUAUUGUUCUAGGGGGCAACUGCAGAAUAUCACUUGUCUUAACUAUUGAAACUCUUGUUGCAUCUGCUAGUAGGAACCAGUAAACCAGUGCAUCAGAAAACACCUGAUCAGAGAAAUUAGAAACAAAAACAAAACCUAGGACUGUCACCGCAAAACACAGUACAAGUCAGACUUUACAUGGGCAGCAUUUCAUAUUUUCUGCUGUACAAUGUAAACCAUUUUUAAUUAUACCUAUAUCUUCACUGACGUUCAUCAUCUCUACAAGAUCAGAUUGCCUUUAUUCAGAUCUAUUAGAUCUUGUCCCUUUCACUUAGCUCCACAAAGACUCAAUAUUUCUUGUGCAUAAAUCAGCUGGAAAUGAAGCCGUGUGACCAAUUUGUCCUUGGGUAAAUAUCAGCCAUUGACCAUUUUGCAAGGGCUGAAAUGUAUGAUACUGUCCUCUACUGUCCCCAGGGUGCCAGUAAGGCAACCUCCACCCAUCUUUUUUUACCACACAUCAAAAGUGGUGGGUUUUUACAUGCCAGAUCAGGUGUGCUGUCCAGUUUACCUGCUGAACUUUAUUUCACUGCAGACAAAUACUGUCUGCCCAACUGAAAAAGCUGAAGCAGAAAGUGAGGACAGUGAAUUGGAAAUUGAUACUGAAGAGGUUAUAGAGCCAGAUGAAUAUCUUCCUGAGGAGAUGGGACAUGAAAGCUUGAAAGUAACGGAUGAAAUGCAAAAACUAGCCAAUGAAAAGAAAAGAAAAGAAGCUUUUGAUGCAGUCAAUAAAGGAGAACUUUUUAAGGCUUUAGACUUGUUCACAGAAGCUAUUAAGCUCAAUCCACAUCUUACUAUUUUAUAUGCAAUCCGAACCAGGGUCCAUUUGAAGCCAGAAAAGCCAACUGCUGCAAUUAGGGACUGUGCUAAAGCCAUACAAAUAAAACCUGACUCAGCCCAGCCCUACAAGUGGCGAGGAAAAGCACUACAAAUACUUGGUUGUGGCAGAAGGCAGCUCAAGACCUUGCCUUGGCCUGCCAAUUAGAUUAUGAUGAAGAAUCCUAGUUUACCUGCUGCACUUUAUUUCAUUGCAGACAAAUACUUUCUGUCCAACUGAUUACUGUGCGCUUUAGCAGGAAUGUUUCCUCCCUCCCCAGCCAUUUUAUUUUUACAAACUUACCAAAGAAAGAGUCUGAGUUGGCUUUUUUUUUUCUUCUUAUACUGAUGAAACAGUGAAAAAAGUUAAUGUCUUUUGUUGAUAAGAAGUGUUUUUAUUUUAGUUUUACAAGUUUAUUGAUGGAAAAAUUGAAUAGUGAAAUAAAGGACCUAUCUUUAAAACUGUAAUUGCCACCUAGCUAAAAAUUAUUGAUUUCUAUACUUAUAGGGCUUAUAAGCCACUCCUAUCAACUGACUCUAUAACUCCCUCAAAUCCGUAAUUUGAGUUAAAAACAAAUCGAUUUCUGCAACAAAAGUACUUAUAUUACCCCCUUCUAGCCCAAAUGACAGGAAAAAUAGUAAAAAUUUUCCCCCCAUUGGCCAGGAGGGAUGAAAAAGAAAAGGAAUUCACCCAUAAAAGGUUGUGGCAAACAUAGUCUAAACCAGCCUUUCUCAACUAGGUUCCAUGGAACCCUUGGAUUCUCAGGGAUUUUUAGGGGUUCCAUGAGAGAUCAUGAUUAAAAAAAGUAAAAUAACUUUUUAAAAAAUUUUGCAUGCCACACAAUGCAACCUAUAGAUAUAAUAAUUUUUAUGUGAGGGUUCCCUGAGAUCUGAAAAUUAUUUUAAGGGUUCCUCCAAGAUAAAAAAAAGUUUGAGAAAGGCUGGUCUAGACCAAAGAUCAGGCUAUCACAGUGGCUAGAACAGAAGAAUGGGUUAAAAUUCAGAAAGGGAUUUCUUAAGCCAGCUUAAUUUCCAGCCAGUUUUUUAUGUGGAAGUCCAGUAGCUUAAGGCUGAUCUGCAAAAAAGCCUCUAGCUGUAUCCACGUCACACGCAGCAUUUGAUUUUGAUUAUGAUCAAUCUGCCACAAUAUGGCAUACCAGGUUUUGAAGUCAGAAUGACAUCUGAAAUCAUGAUGCUUUAUAGUUUUCAAGCAAAAAUGUUGGUAGGACAUUUCAGUAACCCAGCAUAUUGCAGUUUUCUAUAUAAUAGAGUAAUUACCUUCCUCUUUUAAUUUACAGACAUUUUUGUGCAUUUAAAAAAUAAACAACCCCCCAAAUAACUUAUUUACCAUUAAUCCCAUUUAAGCACAAUCAAUAAAGGAGACAAGAUGCUUCUGUGGAAGUUCUUAAAACAACACACUUGAGGAUUCCAGUGAUGACAUGACUGAUGACAUCACAAAAUCUUCCUUUGUUGUUGACUCUAACACUGAGUUUUACUUCAUUAAGUAGUAAUGAUAGUAUAAAAGUAGGACCAUGGCAGAGAGGAAUGAAGGCCACUUUUCAUCAGAUCAUUCAUUAGAAUAAGUAUUAAAUCCUCUCUUAUAUCAAAUUUCUUAAAUUCUUCCUUCCCUUUAAGCUCUAGCUGAAUCCUUUCAUCAUUUUUUCUCAUCAUGGAAUCAAGUAAUCUUCCAAGUGACAUGACAGAUUGGAUCAGGUCUGAUCUCAGCUUUGCAAAUUCUGAAGAUCGACUUUUCCUCCGGGAAUCAUUAGAAACUGUGGUCAGUUCCUUGUCACUUACUGCAAAUAGCAUCUGUGUAGAAGAGGCUGGCAGUGAGCUUCAGGAAGAUCCAUGGAAUGAGAACUGUUUGGAGAUUUAUAAUGAGGAAAAUAUGGAACAAUCUCAGAAUAACAGCCAAGAAAUGGAAUACAAAAACCUUCAAAUAUCCAAUGAGAUAAGGAAUCAAAUCAAUAAAAAGAAUAAGGAGGCUUUGGAAGCCCUAGCUAAAGCUGAAUUUCAAAAAGCCGUUAAUUUGUUCUCUGAAGUCAUUGAGUUGAACCCAGACAUUUCCAGUUCUUACAUUAACCGUGCCAACGUCUAUAUGCAAUUGCAAAAACCAAAUGCUGCUAUUAAAGACUGCAACAUAGCCAUUGAACUGAAUCCCAAAUCAGCAGAACCAUUAAAAUUGAGAGGAAAAGCAUUCAAGGAAUUAGGGCAUCUGAAAAAAGCAGCCUGUGACUUUGCUUUAGCUUCUAAAUUAGAAUAUGACAAAGAGGCCAAUGCAGUACUAAAGCAACUAAAGUUAGGAUUUCAAAGAAUUUCUGAAAGGCAAGCAAAGUGCAUUCUUAGGUAUAAGGAAUCUGAGAUACUGGAGAAAAUUAAGAAAGCACAGAUAAUUUUAGAGGAUCAGAAACAAGAGCAGAGAGAGAAAGGCACUAGCACACAUCUGGAAAAUGAAAUAGCAAGGAACAAAGAAGAGAAGAUGAAGCUAAACCAUAAUGAAGAUUCCCGAGAGAUGAUAGAUGAAAAUGUGGAGACAGCUGAGGAGUGGAAGCAGGCCAGUGAAAACAAGAAAGCAGCUUUGGAUGCAGUGGAGAAAGGUGAAUUUCAAAGAGCAACUGAGUUAUUCACCAAAGCUAUCAAUUUAAACCCCCAUCUUACUGACUUAUAUGUUUGCCGAGCCAGUACUUUUCUGAAACUUCAUAUGCCAGUUGCUGCCAUAAAGGACUGUAACCAUGCCAUAAAUAUAAACCCUGAUAUGGCCUUGCCAUACAAAUGCCGUGGAGAGGCAUUUUGUAUGCUAGGUUAUUGGCAGGAGGCUGCUAAAGAUUUUGCUUUCUCCUGUCAGCUUGAGUAUGAUGAAGAUACUUAUGCCAUGCUGAAAGAAAUACAAACAGAACCCGAGAAUAUAAUUAAAUGGUGCGAAAAACCAGAGAAAAUAAGUAACCAGGGAGAAUUUAAAGAGAUGUUGAGCAGGAUGAAACAAGCUCCUGCAGAGAAAAUACAAGCAAAACAUCCCCAAGAUAAAUCAGUUAUUUGUGAGCCUUGUUUACAAGAACAGGAGACAAGAACAUUUCACAUUUCUGAGGAAAAUACAAUUCUACAUAAUAAUUCCCCAAGCCAUAAAAUAUUUCCUCUUUGUGAUCCAAGUAAAACUUAUCCUAUAAACACAGUACAAGAAGAAGAACCGUUUAUGGAUCAUGAAAAACAAGGACAAAUAGAACUGCACGAAAGAAGGACUCAGGAAGGAGCUAUGAAGAAACAAAAAUGCAAAGCUGAAGCAGAAAGUGAGGACAGUGAAUUGGAAAUUGAUACUGAAGAGGUUAUAGAGCCAGAUGAAGAUCUUCCUCAGGAGAUGGGAGAUGAAAGCUUGAAAGUGACGGAUGAAAUGCGAAAACUAGCCAAUGAAAAGAAAAGAGAAGCUUUUGAUGCAGUCAAUAAAGCAGAACUUUUUAAAGCUAUUGACUUGUUCACAGAAGCUAUUAAGCUCAAUCCACAUCUUACUAUCUUAUAUGCAAACCGAGCCAGGGUCUAUUUGGAGCUACAAAAGCCAACUGCUGCAAUUAGGGACUGUGAUAAAGCCAUACAAAUAAAUCCUGACUCAGCCCAGCCCUACAAGUGGCGAGGAAAAGCACUACAAAUACUUGGUUACUGGCAGAAGGCAGCUCAAGACCUUGCCUUGGCCUGCCAAUUAGAUUAUGAUGAAGAAUCCUAUGCUUUGUUAAAGGAGGUACAACCAAAGGCCCAGAAAAUUGCCAGAUUCAGGAGGAAACAGGAGCAGAAAUUUAAAGAGAAGAAGGAUAAGGGUCCAUUGAGUGGACUUCAAAAAACCUGUAAGAAGCAUGAACGAUCUCAAACUACCCCAGCAGAACUAGAAAGAAAUGACAAGGAAACUAUGGAGGAAUGGAGAGCAAUUUGGGGAAAAAACACUGAGGAACAGCAGAGAGUAAGACCAAUAGUUCUGAAAAAACAGAAGGGUAUGGUCCAAGACUACACAGAGACAGGAUUUCAGGGAAGCAUAAGGGAAGAAGGUAAAUAUUUUGAGAAGGAGGAACAGGAAGAAGAAAAAUCCCAAGAUAAUUUACUGAAAGAACAAGUGAACCUUAGGCAGAAGGAAAUUAAACACCAAGGAGUAGUCCAUCAGAAUGAGUUGGAAGAACAACUGAAAGCUCUUCAGCAGGAACUGGAUGAAAAGUUCAGAAGUUAUCAAGAAGAAAUUGAUGAAGAAGAAAACACACUGCAAAGAUUAUUAGACGAACAGGAAAAAUCACAGCAAAAGGCCCUCUGUGAACAAGAACAAGCUUUUAAAAUAAUCCUGGAAGAACAAGAGAAAAUACAGAAGGCGACUCUGAAGGAGCUGGCCAAGGCUCAACAAGAGGCUUUAGAGGAGCUUGCAAAAGCCACAAAGAAAGCCCUGGAGGAACAGGAGAGAGUUCAGCAGCAAGCUCUUGAAGAACAAGAAAGGGCUCAGGAGGCCCUGGAUAUUCUCGAAAGAGCUCACAAAAAGGCUCUGGAGGAACAGAAAAAAGUCCUGAUAACUGUGAUGGAAGAACAGGAGCAAGCCCAGAGAAAAUCCCACGAAGAAAAAAAGUUGGCUGAGGCAGCUUUAGAAAAACUGACAGAAGCUCAAAGAAAGGUCCAAAAUGAGCAGGAAAGGGCUGAGAGGCAAGCUAUGGAAGAAAGAGAGAAAGCCCAAAGAGCUUUAGAAGAAUUAGAAAUUGCUCAGAAAAAGGCUUUGGAGGAUCAGGAAAAAGCUCAGAAAACUCUGGAAGCUGUAGAAAGAGCUCACAAGCAGGCUCUAGAGGAGCAGAGAAAGGUUCAGAUGGCUGCUGUGGAAGAACAAAAGCAAGCAAAAGAAAGUUACCUAGAAGAAAAAAAGAUGGCUGAAGCUGCCAUGGAACAGCUUUUAAAGAUGCAAAAAAAAAUUCAAGAGGAACAAGAAAGAUCAGAAAAGAAAGCAAUAAAAGAAAGAGAGAGAACUCAGAAGGCUAUAGAAGAACUGGAGAUUGCUAAAAAGAUGGCCCUGGUGGAACAAUUAAGAGCUCAAAAAGCUCUAGAAGCUUUAGAAGAAUCUCAUAUGUGGGCAUUACAGCAACAGAAGAGAGCAGAGGAAAAAACUCUGAAAGAAAGGAAGGUGUCAGAGGUAGGUCAGGAACAAUUCUCAGCAGCUCAGAAAAAAGUACAAGAGCAGAAAAAGAAUCAGAAGGCGGCAAUAGAAGAAAGAGAAAGAAGUGAGAAAUUCCUAGAAGAAUUAGAAAUUGGCCAGAAGCUGACAGUGAAGGAAAACAAAAGUGCUCAGAAAACUCUGGAAGACUUAGAAAUUGCUCAUAAAGAAGCCUUGGAGAAAAAAAAGAAAAUAUCUGAAGAAGAAGAAGAAAACGAGUUGGUGAAAGUAGCUCUGAGAGACAUUUCUGUGGCUCAGAUAAAGGAACAGGAAAAACAGAAAAGGGCUGAGAAAAAUGUAAUGGAAGAAAUUCAAAAUGCUCAGAACACUGUAGAAGAAUCAGAGACUCUUCAGAGGAAAACUUCAAAGGAAAAAGCUCAAAAAGCUCGAGCUCCUAAACAGACAAUGGAGGAACAGAGGACAGUUGCCGUAGAAGAUCUGAACCAAGUAUGUAAAAAAACUGAAGAAGAAAAAAAGAUGGCUGAAGCAGCCAUGGAAGAAAAACAGAACACACAGAAGGCCCUCAAAGAACUAGAGAUUGCUCAAAAUAAAGCUCUGGUGGAACAAAACAGAGCUCAGAAUGCUCUGGAAGUGGUAGAAAUAGCAAAAAAGGCAGGGACAGAACAAAGGAAAGCUCAGAUAGCACUAAUGAAAGUACAGGAAGAAACAAGGGGAAAAAAUCAAGAAAAGAAGUCUGAAGCUGACCUGGAAGAAAUUUCCAUGGCUUACAGAAAGGUCCAAAAAGAACAGGGAUGUGGUGAGAAAAAAGGUAUCGAAGAGAGAGUGCAAAUACCAAAGGCCAUUGAAAAAUUAGAGAUUGUACAAACGAACUUGCUGGAGGAACAGGAAAGUACCCAGGCCACUCUGGAAAUUGUGGAAAGAACUCACACAAAGACCCUAAAAGAGCAAAAGGUUGCUCAGAGAGCAGCGAUGGAAGAACAAGAACAAAUAAGGAAAAAAAUUCAGGAAGAAAAGAAGAUGGCUGAAAUAGCCCUGGAAGAGCUUUUCAGGACUCAGAAAAAGAUCCAGGAACAGCAAGAAAAUGCUGGGGAAAAAAACAUGAAAGAAAGAGAGAGCAUACAGGAGGCCCUUGAAGAAUUAGAGAUUGCUAAAAAAAAAUGCCUUGAGGAACAGGAAAGAGCUCAGAAUGCUGUGGAAAGUAUAGAAAGGGCUCAUAGAAGAGCCCUGGAGGAACAGAAGAAAGUUCAAAGAGCAGCAAUGGAAGAACAGGAACAAAUAAGGAAAAAAAUUCAGGAAGAAAAGAAGAUGGCUGAAGUAGCCUUGGAAGAGCUUUUCAGGACUCAGAAAAAGGUCCAAGAAGAGCAGGCAAGUGCUCAGAUGAAAGCCAUGGAAGAAAGAGAGAUAAUACAAAAGACCCUAAGAGAAGUAGAAAUGAUGCAAAAGAAAGCCCUAGAAAAAGAGAAAAGAGCUCAGAAUGCAUUAGAAGCUGUAGAAGAAACGCAUAAACAGGCUUUAGAGGAGCUGAACAAAGCUAAGAGGACUGCCAUAGAAGAACAGGAGCGAGAAUGGAAAAGAAUUCAAAAAGAAAAGAAAAUGGUUGUGGUGGCCCAAGAAGAGCUUUUUGGGACUCAGAAGACAAUACAAGAAGUGCGACAGAGGGCUGAAAACAAAGCAGCAGAAGAAAGAGAGUUAGUUCUUAAACACCUUAAAGAAUUAGACAUUGCUCAUAAAAAAGCACUGGAGGAACAGGAAAAAGCUCAGAAAGCUUUGGAAUCUGUGGAAAAGGCUCAUAAAAAGGUGUUGGAGGAACAAAAGAAAGCUCAGAUGGCUGCCAUAGAAGAACGGGAAAAAGUCUGGAAAAAAUCUGAAGAAGAAAAGAAGAUGGCUGAAGCAGCUUUAGAAAAACUGUCAAAGAUUCAAAGACAGAUUCAAGAACAGCAGGAAGAGAAGGCCUCUGAAAGGAGAGAAAGUACUCAGGAGGCCCUAAAAAAAUAUGAGUUUGCUCAGAAAAAGGCUUUGGAGGAACAGGAAAAAGCAUCAAAAGCUCUGGAAGCUGUAGAAAACGCUCACAAAAAGGCAAUGAUGGAACAAAAGGAAGCUCAGAGGGCUGCCAUAGAAGAACAAGAAAAACUAUGGAAAAAAUCUGAAGAAGAAAAGAAGAUGGCUGAAGCUGCCCUAGAAGAAGUUUGCAAAACUCAAAGAAAGAUCCAAGAAGAACAGCAAAAGGCUGAGAAAAUGGCAAAGGAAGAGAGAGAGAAAGCUCAGAAGGCCCUAGAAGAAUUACAGACCAUUCAAAAGAAAGCCCUUGAGGAACAGAAACAAGCUCAUAAGGCCCUGGAAGCAGUAGAAAUAGCUCAUCAACAGGCUAUGGAAGAGCAGAAGCAAGUUCAUCUAGCAGCCAUGGAAGAACAGGAGCAAGGAUGGAAAAAAAUGCAAGAAGAAAAGAAGAGGACAGAGGCAGCUCUGGAAGAGCUGUUAAGGACACAGCAAAGGUUCCAAAAAGAGCAGGAAAUAGCUGAAGAAAAAGCAAUACAAGAAAAACAAAUAGCUCAGAAGACCCUCAGAGAACUAGAGAUUGCUCAGAAACAAGCUGUUGAAAAACAAACAAGAGCUCAGAAAGCCUUGGAAGAUGUAGAAAAAGCUCAUAAACAGAACAUGAGCAAGCACGGAAAAAAUCUGAAGAAAGCCAUGGAAGAAAGAGAGAGAGCUCAGAAGGCCCGGGAAGAAUUAGAGAUUGCUCAGAAACAAGCUCUUGAAGAACAAACAAGAGCUCAGAGAGCUUUGGAAGAUGUAGAAAAAGCUCAUAAACAGGCACUGGAGGAACAGAAGAAAGCUCAGAUGGCUGCCAUCGAAGAACAUGAGCAAGCACGGAAAAAAUCUGAAGAAGAAAAGAAGAUGGCUGAGGCAGCUUUAGAAAAACUUGCACAAGUUCAGAUUAAACUGCAAGAAGAGCAUAAGCAGGCCGAGAAGAAUGCAAUGGAAGAAAGAGAGAGAGCUCAGAAGGCCCUAGAAGAAUUAGAGAUUGCUCAGAAGAAGGCCCAGGAGGAGCAGGUAAGAGCUCAAAAUGCUCUGGAAGCUGUAGAAAGAGCUCAUAAGCAGGCUCUAGAGGAACAGAAAAAGGCUCAGAUGGCUGCAUUGGAAGAACAAGAACAAGCACAGAAAAUAUCUAAUGAAGAAAAGAAGAGGGCUGAGGCAGCCCUGGAAAAAUUGUCACAGUACCAAAAAGAAUUCCAAGAAGAGCAGGAAAAGACUGAGAAGAAAGCCCUAGAAGAAAAAGAGAGAGCACAGAAGGCUCUUGAAAAAUUAGAAAUUGCUCAAAAGAGAGUCUUAGAGGGACAGAAGAAAGCUCAGAUGUCUGCCAUUGAAGAACUUGAGCAAGCACAGAAAAAAUCAGAAGAGGAAAAGAAGAUGGCUGAGGCAGCUUUGGAAGAACUGUCAAGGUUUCUGAGAAAGGUGCAAGUAGAGCAGAAAAGAGCUGAGGAGAAAGACAUGGAAGAACGACAAAGAAUUCAAAAGGCCCUAGAAGAAUUGCAGAUUGAACAGAAGAAAGCCAUAGAGGAACAGACAAACGCUCAGAAAGCUCUGGAAGCUGUUGAAAAAGCUCAAAAAUGGGCCCUGGAAGACCAGAGGAAAGCUAAAAUGGCUGCCAUUGAAGAACAGGAGCACGCAUGGAAGAAAUCCCAAGAAGAAAAGAAGAUGGCUGAAGCUGCUUUGGAAAAUGUUUUAAGAGCUCAGAAAAAAUUUCAAGAAGGACAGGAAAAUGCUGGGAAAAAAAUCAUGGAAGAAAAAGAGAGCAUACAGAAGGCCCUCAAAGAAUUAGCGAUUGCUCAGAAGAAAGCACUGGAGGAACAGGAAAGAACUCAGAGUGCUCUAGAAGCUGUAGAAAGAUCUCGUAAAAUGGCCCUAGAAGAUCAAAAAAGAGCUCAGAUAGCUGCAAUGGAAGAACAAGAACAAACAAGGAAAAAAAUUCAGGAGGAAAAGAAGAUGGCUGAAGCAACCUUGGAUGAACUUUUAAAAACUCAGAGGAAGUUCCAAGAAGAGAAGAAAAUGAUUGCCCUAGCAGAAUUAAAGGUAGCUCAGAAGAAAGCCCAGGAAGAACAGGAAAGGGCUCAGAAAGCCCUGGAGGCUGCAGAAAAAGCCCAUAAAUGUGCUCUGAAUGAACAGAAGAAAGCUCAGAUAGCUAUUCAAGAACAAGAGCAAGCAUGGAAAAAAUCUCAAGAAGAAAAGGAAAUGGCUGAGGCAAGACUACAAGAACUCUUAAGGACCCAAAAAACUAUCCAAGAGGAAAAGGAGAAGGUGGAGAAGAAAGCUGUAGAAGAAAAAGAGACACUUCAAAGAAACAUUAAAAAAUUAGAAGAAGUCCAGAAGAAGGCUCUGGAAGAGCAGGAGAAGGCCCAGGCAUCUCAGCAUGCUCUAGAAAUUGCCCAUAAACAGGUCCUAGAGGAACAGGAGAAGGCUCAUUUGGCUGCCAUGAUGGAACAGGAACAAGCACAGAAAAAAUCUCAGGAAGAAAAGAAAAUGGCUGAGGCAGCCCUGGAAGAUCUCUUGAGACAAGUCCAAAAGGAGCAAGAAACAGCUGAGAAAAAGGCAAUAGAAGAAAGAGAGAAAGCUAAGACAAUGUUAAAUAACUUAGAUAUUGCUCAGAAGAAGGCUGUAGAGAACUUGUUGACAGCUAAAAAGGAGGCCCUGGAAGAACAGAAAAGAGCUCAGAAUGCUUUGGACAUUGUGGAAAGAACUCAUAAGCAGGCAUUAGAGGAACAGAAAAAUGCUCAAAAGAAAUCUCAAGAAGAAAGAAAGAUGGCUGUGGCUGCUUUGGAAGAAUUAUCAAGAGCUCAGAAAAAGGUCCAGGAAGAGCAGCAUUCAGCAGAGAAGAAAGCAAUUAAAGAGAGAGAGAGAGCUCAGAAAGAGUUAGAAGAAUUAGAGAAUGCUCGGAAGAAAGCCCUGAAAGAACAGGAGAAAGCUCAAAAAACUCGGGAUGUUCUUGACAGAGCUCAUAAACAGGCACUGGAGGAACAGAAGAAAGCAUUAAAGAAAAUUCAAGAAGAAAAACAGAUGGCUGAAGCUGCCCUGCAAGAACUCUUAAGAACUCAGAGAAAAUUCCAUGAAGAACAGGAAAAAGUUAAGAAGAAAACAAUGAAAGAAAAUGAGAGAACUCAGAAGACUAUAGAAGAAUUAGAAGUUGCUCAGAAGAAGACUCAGGAAGAAGAGGAAAAAGCUCAGAAGGCUUUGGAAAGGGCUCAUAAAGAAAUCUUAGAGGAGCAGAAGAAAGUUCAGGUAGCUGCUAUGGAAGAACUGGAGCAAGCACGAAAGAAAUGUCAAGAAGAAAAGAAGAUGUGUGAGGCAGCCCUGGAAGAACUCUUACAGACUAAGAAAAAAUUCCAAGAAGAGCAGGAAAUAUCUAAGAUGCAAGCAAUGAAAGAAUUAGAGACUGCUAAGAAAGAGCUAGAAAAAAUAAAAGUAGCUCAAAAGGAGGCCUUAGAGAAAGAAGAGAAAGCUCAGAAGGCUCUGGAUAAUGUAGAAAGAACUCAUACUCAGGUUCUAGAGGAACAAAUGAAAGUGCAGCAAAAGUGUCAAGAUGAAAAAGAAAUGCUAAAAGAAUUAGAGAUUGCUCAGAUGGUGGCUCUGGAGAAAAAGGAAAAUGCUCAGAAAGCUUUAGACACUCUGGAAAAAGCUCAUAAGCAGACCCUGGAGGAACAAAGGAAAGCUCAGAUGGAAAUAGAACAAGCACAGAAAAAAUAUGAAGAAGAGAAGAAAAUGGCUGAAGCUGCUCUGAAAAAAGUGUCAUGGGCAGAGAGUAGUGUCCAAAAUGAGCAGGAAAGGAUCAUGGAAAAAACAAUGGGAGAAACAGGGAAGACACAGAAAGCCUUAGAAGAACUAGACAUUGCUCAGAAGAAGGCCCUGGAGGAAAAGGAGAAUGCUCAGAAAGCUCUGGAUGCUCUGGAAAGGACUCAUAAACAGGUACUGGAGGAAGAACAAAAAGCACAGAAAAAAUCUCAAGAAGAAAAGAGGUUGGCUGAAGCUGCCCUGGGAGAACUCAGAAGAACUCAGAGAAAGUUUCAAGAAGAGCAAGAAAGAGCUGGAAAAAAAGCCAUGGAAGAAAGAGAAAAAAUGCAGAAGAAGCUAGAAGAAUUAGAGAUUGCUCAGAAGAAAGCUCUGGAGGACUUGGCAAUGGCUGAAAAGAUGGCCUUGGAGGAAAAUGAAAGAACACAGCAGAGAGCAUUAGAAGAAAAAAGGGCAAUACAGCUAGCUAUGAAGAAGCUGGAGACAGCACAUGCUAAAGCCAUAGAGGAACAGCAGAUAGCACAGCGGCUGGCCUUUGAAGAACAGCAGAGAACUAAGGAGAUGUUUGCUGAACUAAAAGAAUCACGAAGAAAAGCCCUGGAAGAGCAAGAAGAAGCAAAAAGGAAAGCUGUAGAUGAACAAGUAAGAGCUCAUCAUGCUAUAAAUGAAUUGGCCAAAAUUCAAAGGGAAGUUUUGGAAGAACAAGAGCAAGCUCAGAAGAUGGCCUUAGCAGAACAGCACAAGGCUGAGAUGAUGUUUAAGGAGCUGGAAGAAAGACAGAGAAAAGCUCUGAAUGAUCAGCAAAGUACAUGGAUGAAAGCCUUUGACGAUCAAAAAAGAGCUCAUCUUACUUUAGGAGAAUUUGCAAAGACUCAAAUGGCGGAACAGGAGAAUGCUCAGAAAAAAGUAGUAGAUGAGCAGAAGAAAGCUCAAAAAGCUGAAGAAACACUGGAGAAAGCACAAAAUCAGAUCUUGGAGAAAAUGGAAAAAACGCAGCAUAAAUAUGCAGCACAAAUUCCAGAUCCUGUUCUUAAAACGAUGAAUGAAGAAGGCAAUGCAGGCUGUGGUAGUGAAUUUGAAGAAACACAAAAGAAAGACUUGAUCAUAGUUGGUAAAAAGUUCCAUGUAGAACCAGGAAAAAUUCUUAGGGAUUUAGAGAAGAAGGAUUACCAACAAGCCCUUAGGAACAGAGG